AUGUUCAAGGUAAUUGGUAAUGGGGAAAAAGGUACAACGAUCAUCUAUUGUGAUAACAUGUCAACCAUCAAGAUGUUAAGGAAACUGGUUAUGCAUGGGAGGAGUAAAUAUAUUGAUGUUCGCUUUCAUUUUAUGAGAGAUCUGUGCAAGGAUGGAAAGAUUGAAUUGCAGUAUUGCAAGAGUAGAGAACAUGUUGCAGAUAUUAUGACCAACAUUAAAGCAUCCUGUGUUCGAGAAGCUGAGGAACAUGCUUGGAGUUUUCUCAAUUCGACGUAUUGA